AUGGAAGAGUCAACAUCUAAUCUGACAGAAGCCAUCUCAGAGACCACUGUUGGACUGGAUGAUGAGCCCAAAAGUAGCAAUCUGUCCAACCCAUUAGAGGAGGCAAAGUCAGGUAAGAGGGUUGAGUGUUCAAGUAACACUGUUGAUAAUGAACCCUUGGGCCAUCCCUCAUCCAAAUGUUGCUGUGUUUAUGAGAAGCCAUGUGCCUUUGGUGAGAGCUCCUCAGAAAGUGAAACAGAAUAUGAUGACAAUUGUGAUGUACUCUGUGCUUGGGGUCAUCACAAUGGAAGAUGCCGUGUUCUUUCAAGUACUGUUGCUACUACUUCACUUUCAAAGAUCAAGACCCAUCUGAAUCCCUUCAUUUCCCCCAUUAAUGACUAA